AUGGCCGGUCGCCUGAGUAAGCUGUUGCCCACCGAUGGCGUUUUUAUACCGGAGUCGCGCCGCUUCCCGCAGGAACUGAUGGCCAGCGUGAUGGAGGGACUGCGCGACGACUUGGGAGAACUGAGCCUCGGGGAUCGCAAGUCGCUGGAGGAAUUGCAUAGGAUUUGGUCGGGGAAGAUGGCCAACCGCCUGCCGGAAUCGAAUCCGCGUCCGCCGUCGCCGAAGAAGCGCCGCCUGCGGGGCAAGAAGAACGACCCGCCGGCGAAGAGUCCAGCGGAACCGCCGGAGGAGGAGCGCGAGGAGCGCAAUGUCUUCGAAAUAGACGACGACGAGAUCGUCACCAACCGCAUCUGCGUUCCGCGGAAGCGUUCCCAUUGGAAGCUGCGCUACUUCGACAUCAAGAUGCCCGCCUACGUCCUCAAGAGGGGCUUGCUCAAUGAGCACUUCAACUGGGAGAUUCUCGAGGGGAUCAUGUCCGCCCCCGACGAGGAGGCCACCGCCAUGUUCCAGCAGUUCGUGGACGAUGUGGUCAAGGAUCUGACGCCCUAA